AUGAGAGACCUCGCUCCCUUUCUGGGCUCCCUCCUGCGGCGUCCUCUUGGCACUCUCAAAGUCAGCACCUUUUCUGACAGGUCUUGCCUUGUGUUUUGUGACACGGAGGUGCUCCUUGGCUCUGUGCUAGGACCAGGGUUUUAUGCAGAACGGUUCGUGCGUGUGGUGGUGGUCACUGCCAUCUCUCCCUUUGCAAUUCUUUCCCAGGAAAUUCUGCGGUUGGCCCAGGCGGCAAUUGAGAAGGCCCUUGACGACUCCAUCCAGAUGCGUGACUGGGCUCUGGAAGCCUUAGGUGCCACCAUUGAUGAGAAGAGGACAUCCAAGAGUUAUGGUGGGCAAGGCAAGAAGACCUGGUGGCUUUUUCCAUUCGCCUUCUCUUCUGCAAACCCUCCAGAGACAAUCUUGCAGCUCCGUAUUGCCCCGGGCAGCUGCUGGGCUUUCCAAGGAUCUCGAGGCCACGUGGUCAUCCGUCUGCCUGAGCCAGUCUGGCCAACGGCUUUCACCAUCUGGCAUAUCUCCGAGGCAGUCUCUCCUUCCGGGGAGGUCAGCAGCGCCCUCAAAGAGUUUGCUGUCUCCGGAGCGGAUGAGGCAACGGCAGAAACGCUCCUGGGGACGUUCACCUACGACGUGCACAAGGAGAUCGCUCAGACAUUCCAUGUGCAGAAGGAGCUUCCCCGGACCUUUCGCUACAUCACACUCCGGGUGCACAGCAACUGGGGAAACCCCGAGUACACCUGUGUCUACCGAGUACAGGUUCACGGGAAGACGGCGAGCCGCAACGACCGCCCGAGACUUCUUCUGUUCCUCGCCUUCCUCCAGAUCGCCAUCCUCAUCGUGGUUGUGCUGAAGGGAGACAUCCUUGACUGGGUCCUGCCACCAAAGCUGGCGGCCGCCUUUGGGAGCCGCCCAGCGAGGUCCCAGCUCUUCUGA